AUGUCAUAUGGCUGUGGAACAGUAGGCUUACCCUUCAUUGGAAAAGCCCUUCUUUUUUUUAUGUCCGUUGAAGCAACUUAUUGUACAUAUGAAUUAUUCUUAAAACCAGGAGGAACAUAUAUUUAUUAUCGCAUAAAUGAUAUGAUCAAUAAGGAUAAAAAAUAA